GGUGCGCGAGGGUCCGGCGCAGCGAGCCCAGGCCCAGGCAGGGUGAGGACAGCGCUCAAGGUGGGGGGACGCGUGCGCAUGCGGACACGCGCGGAGUCGGUGCGGCGCCGCGGCGGGCCGGACAGUGCGCCUGUGCAGCCCGUGCAGCCCGUGCAGCCCGCGCAGCCCGCGCAGCCGCUACGUCCCGAUGGAGCGCAGCUGUGGUGAGGGAGCUGAAGCCCCCUCGGAACGGGUCGUCAAGGGUUCGGCGCUGCUGCCCGUGAAGCCCUUGGAAGCGAGCGCAGGGCGAGCAUCACAGUCGCAGUCCACCCCUCGGCCCGCAGGCAUGGAUGGAUUUUUAAAAGCAGAUGAGAGACAAAGAUUAGCCAAAGAGAGACGAGAAGAAAGAGAAAAAUGUCUGGCUGCCCGGGAACAGCAGAUCUUAGAGAAACAGAAAAGAGCCAAGCUUCAGUAUGAAAAACAAAUUGAGGAGCGAUGGAGAAAACUUGAGGAGCAACGUCAGCGGGAGGAUCAGAAGAGAGCUGCAGUGGAAGAGAAGAGAAAGCAGAAGCUCCGGGAAGAAGAGGAACGCCUGGAAGCAAUGAUGCGCAGGUCCCUGGAGCGCACACAGCAGCUAGAGCUGAAGAAGAAGUGUUCCUGGGCAGGAUCAUCGGCUUCAGGGCCUGGAGGACGGGAAGGUGAAUCAGAAAAUACCCCACCCCUUCCUCUAACUUUAGCAGCCAGCACCCUCCCUUCGGACACAGGGACCACUACAGCUGCUGCCGAGUCCACCAAUGCAUGUGACAAACUUUCAACAUCAACCAUGAAUUUGCCAAAGCAGAUGGAGCCUCCUAUGAGUAAACGCCUGUCUUCAUCCACCGUGGCAAUAUCUUAUUCCCCAGACCGAGCUCUUGGCAGCCCUCUCAAAUCUUCAUACAAGUCCUCUCCAACCCGGAACACUGAAAGGAAGAAGGGUAUACCUACAUCUGGCAUGGGAGAUGCUGGGAAGGGAGCAGUGGCAGGAGCAGAGCCUUUUCAGAUGGAGAAAGCCAAGAAGGGACGAGUGACUUCUGUUUCCACUGGGGGUCUUGGGUCCCCACUGAGAAGAUGCGAGCCUCCUGAAGACAUUCCUAAGAAGUCAUCUUCUCCUGUGAAAUCCAAGACAAUUUCAAAAGCAUAUCCACAGUCUCCAAAGACAGUGAAGCCCCCAUAUAUGGGGUCUCCUGUGAAGUAUCGCUUUCCUCCCAUUCCCAGUGAAGAAACACUCAAGAAGAAGGCAGAGAAGGAGAAGAGCAAUAAGGAAAAGGAAGGUGCCACUGGUCAGCAGACCACUGGCCUACCCAUAGAAGGAACCCUAGAGAAGCACCUGGCUGACAAGUAUGCCACUGAGAAGCACCUGGCUGACAAGUAUGCCACUGAGAAGUAUGUCGCUGAUAAGCAUGCUACUGAGAAACAUUCAGCCACAGGAGGAAAGGCUGAGCACAGUGCAGGAAAACCCACAGCAGGCACCACUGAUGCAGGGGAAGCUGCAAAGAUCCUAGCUGAAAAGAGACGUCAGGCUCGGCUACAGAAGGAACAAGAGGAGCAAGAACGACUGGAGAAGGAAGAGCAAGACAGGCUAGAAAAAGAGGAAUUGAAAAGAAAGGCAGAAGAAGAAAGGCUGCAUCUAGAAGAAGCCCGUAAGCAAGAAGAGGAAAAGAAGCAACAGGAAGAAGAGAAGAGAAAGGCAGGAGAGAAGGCAAAACAGAAAGAUGAGGAGGAGCUGGUGUCCAAAGAGAAGCAAGAAAAGGAAAAACAAGAAAAGGCCCUGAUUGAGAAAGAAGCAGCAGAUGCAAAGGCACAGGAGGCAGCUCAACAGAUGCGUCUAGAAAGGGAACAGAUCAUGCUGCAGAUUGAGCAGGAGCGACUGGAGAGGAAGAAGAGAAUAGAUGAAAUCAUGAAGAGAACAAGGAAGAGUGAUGCGUCUCUAGAAGUGAAGAAGGAAGACCUCAAAGUGGAGAUUCAACCUGUGGCAGAUGUUGAAAAUAAGACAAAACCAGUUGUUCCCAACAAAAUAGAAAUCAAUGGAUUGAACACCUGCCAGGAAGUAAAUGGCUCAGAGCAUGCUGCUCUGGAAACCUUCCCCCAAGACAUUUUCUCCCAUGGUCUUAAACCAGUUGGGGCACCUGUUCAUCUGGAGGGCCUUGACGGGAAAUCAAACAGUCUGGAUGAUUCAACUGAAGAAGUUCAAUCCAUGGAUGUGAGUCCUGUUUCCAAAGAAGAGCUUAUCUCCAUUCCAGAAUUUUCACCAGUGAGUGAAAUGAUUCCUGGGAUGUCUCUGGACCAAAAUGGAACUGGUAAUGCCCGGGCACUUCAAGAUAUCUUAGAUUUUACUGGGCCCCCCACAUUCCCCAAGAAAUCCAGUGAAAAUCUCAGCCUUGAUGACUGUAACAAAAACCUCAUUGAAGGAUUUAACAGUCCUGGGCAAGAAACAACUCUGAACACCUUCUGUUGACAAAGACAGCAUUCCUCUAAUAAAAGGUGGUGUUUGGAUCUCCCAUGAAGCUGUCGGUGUUAAAUCUGAGCUGCUAGCCACCUGAAGAAGCUUCUUUCACCCUUAACCGCUGGAUUCCAAAUUACUAGAGCAGAGUGUAACUGUAUUCCUAGGUAGUUUGGCAAACACUGGCCUCUCUUGGUAGAAACCUUGAGAUUUUUGCCUUGUUGGGCUUUAGCAAAGUUUCAUUUAUGGUUCUAUUUACGAGCUUCAGCUGCUGCUAAAGCACUUCUUUGUCCUUCUCUGAUAUAAUCUGCAAGAUGCUGCCUGGGAACCGCACUCUAGGACACUUUAUUCCCAGUGUUGGAGCACAUAUACAUUAGAGAGCUCUUCCUAUAAAAAUCGCCUAUUUAUCCACAUCUAGUUAAACAUGUACUCAACCUGGGCUGCUUAUGUCCCUGUCUUGGGGGUGGGGGGAGAAAUCUAGCUAUUUUCUCUCCCUCUCAGGUUUCUGUUUGUUUUUUAUUAUUAAGCUUCAUCACCUGCAGAGCAUUAUUCCACAUUACUUGUUUGGGCAUUAAAAAAAUAAGUUUGGUCGAAUAAAUAAUUAAAUAGUGGCAAUUAUUUCUUCCCCUCCUCAUGCAUAUUCUCCUUAUGUAUACAUGGGCACCUGAAUCUAGCAAGGACUCUUUCCUGUCACACUUUUAAAAUCUCCAAAUUGUCACUCCAAACUAUUGAAUGGCUUUUCAGCAGAAUGAAUCAAGUCUCCUGCAGGUGGAUGUUUUCAUGGUUUUGCUAUUUGUCUACUGGAUCUUGGAAGUUUCUUUUGGUUUGCUUAACUGUAAUAAAAAAGUCACAGUGCUUUGAAAGGGGGCCCCAACUUGGUCCCAGUAUGUCACUUUAAUAGACUUUAACAUUAAAAAGUCUGAACCAGGAAAAAUGACACUAGAAUGUAUAACUACAUAUAUUUUAUGCCAUUAAUGCCAUAUUAAAAAUUUUCAUUUCUUGUGGUGAAAUGUAGCUUUACUAUUAAAAGGACAUUUUCUUUAGAGUUUUUUGUUUUAACUUGUACCUUUUGAAAAGAUCCUUAAUUUUGAGAUACAAAACCAGGAGAUAUAAACAAAUCUCAGUAGUGAUCUUGUUCUGUACUUUUAAAGCUGGUACAGUCUAAGAAUAUAUUAGUCUCAGAAGCUAUGUAUGUUUAUGUGGUAUAGUCUAAAUAAAAUGUAUACCUCUAAGAAUGUUGUGCCAUUGGCCUUGAUGAAUAUCAAAGGAGAUAUAUCUUUUAUGAAAAGCACACAGAUGAUAGCAUGGUCUGACAUCUGAAAAAAUAGCUGGCCAUUUUUCUUAAAGCUUUAUUUUGCUAAGUGUCCAUUUCAUUGAGCUUCAUUGUACCUCACGGCACCAUUGUGAUCAUGUGAUGCCUCAUUUGCAUGAUGUGUACAUUCUGUUUAAGGUUAAAUACAUUUUCAUUGAAGAGUC